CUCCUCCCCUCGAUUCCUCGUCUCGGCGUACCAUGGGGGUGCUGGCGCUGGGGCGGCUCAUCUCCGCGCAGCGGCGGCGGCAGCGGCGUCGCCGGAUACAAGCCCGUGAUGACCCAGUUCCUUUGUUAGCGAAAAGAGGACGCUCAUCCUGGCAACAAGAUGAUCAUUCAGAGGGUAGGAAAAGAGUUAAAUACUCGAUACCAGACCUUCCACAGAAAAUUUGGCGUCAUAUAAUCUCACUAGUGCCAAUGCAAGAUGCUGCUCGUGCUGCCUGCGUUUCUCGCGCCUUUUUAUGUUGUUGGAGGUGCUACCCCAACAUCAGAUUCAGUAACUCGACAGUAGGCUGCAAUGGAGUUCUGACAAAGGCUGAAACGGCAAGAAAAUUCACCAGCAAAGUUAACCAAGCUCUGAAAAACCACUCCGGCAUUGGCUUGAAAACUAUCAAGCUUGAAUUCCUUGGCCACAAUUCCAGCGACUGUUCUUCUCUCGAUAACUGGCUUCAGCUUGCUAUUACAUCGGAGAUUGAAGAACUCAGCCUUCUGUUGUCUUCAAAGGUGGCAACAUACAGCUUCCCGUGCUCACUUUUAUCUGAUCAGAGUGGGAAAUCGAUUCGGUAUCUACACCUCUCAGGUUGCGUCUUCCGUCCUGUGGUCAGACUCGGCUGUUUCAGAAGCCUGAUGAAUCUGUGCCUGUAUCAUGUUCGUAUCAGUGAGGAUGAGUUAAGAUGCCUUCUUUCCAGUUGUUCUGCUCUGGAGCUGUUUGCGUUUGGGUACUGCAAUGAAAUUACUUGCCUGAAGAUACCCGUCAUGCUGCAGCGCCUCACCGACCUACAAGUGGUGGGAUGCAAGGCUCUACGAGUGGUACAGAGCAAGGCUCCGAAUCUCUCCAGUUUUUACUUUGGUGGUAAACGAGGACAACUCUCACAUGGAGAGCAAUUGAAGAACCUAACAAUGUCGCAUCCACAUGCCCUCGAUGAUGCUCAUGCCAUGCUUCCAACUACUAUGCCGAAUCUUGAAACUCUUGACAUAAGUUUGCGUCUCAAGGCUGAUACCCCCAUGAUGCAUAACCAAUUCCUGUGCAUCAAGUACCUGAUGAUAACUGUUGAUGGAUAUGCAUUUCCUCAUAUCAAUGAUUAUAUUUACCUGGUUCCUUUUCUGGAUGCUUGUCCUCACUUGGAGUCUUUCAUCUUGCAAGCAGCAAAACCCAUUGAGCACGAGUCGAUUUUCAGAGAUCCCUCGCCUCUGAGGCGGAUGCCAGGACACCGCCAUGACAAGCUGAAGAGUGUUACGAUCAUCGGCUUCAACUCUGCAAAGAGCUUGAUCGAGCUAACCGUUCAUAUCAUCGAGAACGCAUGGUCACUAGAGUCCUUAGCAUUGGACACCGCUGAUUGUUCUCUUAGAUGUUCUGAUGACAGCGGGACGGAGAGAUGCUCUACCUUUUGCCAGAAUACUCUCAUGGAAGUUCCUAGAGCGCUCUUUGCUAUCCGAAGGUACGUGGAGGGCAUAGUUCCCUCCGCCGUUAAGCUGACCGUUCUGGAGCCUUGCGUCCACUGCUGCAACCAUUUUAUGACUUGAGAUAAAAUGUAUCCAUGACUUGAGAGAAAAUGUAUCCAUGACUACAAGCAUGUGUCACGCAGGCUAAAGUUGGCCAGGACCAUUUUUGCUAGCAGCACAACCUCCAUAAAU